CUUCUCUCCCGGGGAGCGCGCCUUGAGGGAGUCAAAGGGCGCGUAGAAGCGGUUCGCGAUGCAAGCGUUUGGGGGCGCGCACGGGAGCGGCCUGUGAGGAGAAACAACCGGCACCGGGGGCUCCUCACCCCCCGUCACCACACCGAGCGACCGCAUUCUGGACUGACUGUAGCCGUGUUUUGGUCGCCGCCCGCGCUGGUUACAACAUUCGUUGACUGGGGCCUUAGGACGUUUUCGUGUCAGGACCUCGUUACCGGACUCUACCGUGCCUUCGGAGGUCAGGCGAGGUCUCUCUAAGCUCGCCCCACGCGCCUCGUUCUAUCGGUUCUCGCUGGUUUCCCAUCCCCUCCCCCCCACACUUCCACCCCGGUUACCGGAGGAGGGGAGGAGGGGGAGGUAGGCCGCGGCCCCCGCUGGGUCCAUGCGCAAGUUCGCGGCCUUCCCUCCCUCCUCCUCCUCCUCAGCACCGGCCCCAACACCGCGGGCCUCCAACCGCCAGGGAGACGGGAUUAAGGACUGAGCACAGCCCGGGGAGCAGCGCACACACACGCGAAUCUUCCUACAAGCUUGGGCAAAGACACUGGACCUUUAUAUGCGACUAGCACCUCGCGGCGGCUUUCCACUAUGGAGUCGACUGUUGAUGACGAAGCGAUAGGGGCAUAAAUGAAGGCCAAAUAAGCAAGGCAAAACGAUGCCCAAGGGUGGGUGUUCUAAAACACCACAGCCAGAAGAAUUCUCUCUCAGCUACGACAUGGUGGAAAAACAACCUGGGAAAAAGGAUAAAGAUAAAGUUUCCCUAAAUAAAACUCCAAAGUUGGAUCGAAGUGAUGGAGGGAAAGAGAAAACUACAAAAAGAAAAUUGCCUUUCUCAGUAGGGACAAAUGGAGAUCAAAAAGAUUCAGACACAGAAAAGCAGGGUCCGGAAAAGAAAAGAAUUAAGAAAGAGCCUGCCAACCGGAAGUCUGGUUUACCUUUUGGGAUUGGAAUAUCUGGAAUUCGGGCUGGAUACCCGUUAUCGGAGCGGCAGCAGGUGGCUUUGCUUAUGCAGAUGACAGCAGAAGAGUCUGCUAACAGCCCAGUUGACACAACACCAAAGCAUUCUUCUCAAUCUACAGUCGGUCAGAAGGGGACUCCUAACUCUGCCUCCAAAACCAAAGACAAAGUGAACAAGCGAAAUGAGCGGGGGGAGACCCGUUUACACAGGGCGGCCAUAAGAGGAGAUGCACGGCGUAUCAAAGAGCUCAUAAAUGAGGGCGCAGAUGUCAAUGUUAAAGACUUUGCAGGAUGGACUGCCUUGCAUGAGGCAUGUAACAGAGGGUACUACGAUGUGGGAAAACAGCUGCUCGCUGCCGGAGCCGAGGUUAACACCAAAGGGCUGGAUGAUGACACCCCCCUGCAUGACGCGUCCAAUAACGGUCACUUCAAGGUUGUGAAACUGCUGUUGCGGUAUGGAGGCAAUCCUCAUCAAAGUAACCGAAAGGGAGAGACCCCUUUAAAAGUCGCUAAUUCUCCAACAAUGGUUAAUCUCCUCCUCGGAAAGGGUACCUACACCUCCAGCGAGGAAAGCUCAACUGAAAGCUCAGAAGAGGAGGAUGCUCCUUCGUUUGCACCUUCCAGCUCCGUUGAUGGCAAUAACACGGACUCCGAGUUUGAAAAGGGCUCUAAACGCAAGGGCAAACGCCAGGAGCAGAACAAAAGCACGCCAGUGAAGGAUGAGUACGAGUUUGAUGAAGAUGACGAGCAAGACCGUGUUCCUCCAGUCGACGACAAGCAUCUGUUGAAAAAAGAAUUCCGUAAAGAGGCUAAGGCGAACAGCGCUAUUGCCGUUCCUAAAAUGGAAGUAAAAACUUAUUCUAAAAAUAUGACUGCACCAAAGAAAGCUGCUCGCCGUAUCUUGUCUGAUACAUCAGAUGAGGAGGAAAAUUCUGUCUCUACAGGGGCUACUGAAAUGCUCCUGUUGUCCGCUCACACCGUUCUGCCGAGCAAUAAAACCAGGGAGCAACCUGUGGCCAAGCAUAAAGAAAAGGGUAAAGUGAAAAAGAAGCGGAAGAAAGACACAAAAAGUAAAGAAGUUAAGUGUGGAAAGAAAAAUAACAUUUUUUGUUCUGAGAGCGAAAGCGAAAACUUGGAGAGCGAUGUGGAGAAUGAUAUGCUUUCUUUAGACAAUUCAAACAGCGUGAAAGACUCUGCCUUAGCUUUGAAGGAGACUUCUUUGUUUAGCUCUUUAUCAGCAUCUUCUGCAUCUUCUCAAGGGAGUUUAACAUCACAGAAGCACAAUGCUAAUAUCCCAGACCAGCACUCCAAGCAUUGGAGGACAGACAAUUGGAAAACUGUAUCUUCUCCAACCUGGUCAGAUGUUAGCUCGCUGUCAGAUUCCACACGGACACGGUUAACUAGUGAUUACGAUUACUCUUCCGAAGAUUCUAGUUUGGAGUCUUUGAAACAGAUUAAAAAGAAACACGAGCACAAAAAGAAAACGAACACUCAUAAUAGCAUAUACGAAAAGAACUCUUUCCAUCUUCAUGUUGAAGGUGCGAUUCCAAAAUUAGACAAAGAAGGUAAAGUAGUGAAAAAACAUAAAACGAAACAUAAACACAAAACUAAAGAAAAGGUUCAAAAUCAGGCCAGUCAGGAUGUAAAGAUUCUGAAAAGCUUUUCGUUUGACUACGAUCAAAAAUCGGAAAAGUCUUUAAAUCUAGAGGUUGACGUUCCAGAAAAACUAAAAGUAUUAAAACAUGAUCAUGAUCACCUCAGGAAAGAAGAAAAAUCCAUCCCCAAGGUUAAGGCAGAGGAAAAGGACUGGUCAUUUAGAGACGAGGGAGGCAAAGUUGCCAAAGAGGAGAAGUCAUCGAAAAAGACAAAAGAGGCUAAAGACAGUAAAAACUUCAAAGAGGACAAAGACCGGUCUGGUAAAAUGGAUCGAGAAAAAACGGUCAAGGAGAAAUCUCCCAAAGAAGACAAACCUAAAACACACAAAGAGGAAAAGAAGAAGAAAGUAAAAGAUAAGACCUCAAAAUCUGAAAAGAAGGUUGAAGUUAAAGAGGAGAAACCUUCUAAAAACGAGAAGGAGAAAGUAAAGAAGGAUAAGUCUCACAAGGAUGAAACACCUUUUGAAGAGUUUAACAACAAAAGUAAUUUUUUAGACAAUGAGGAAGCAAAGUACAGUACUUCAGAUGACCAAGGAUUAUGGAUGUCUGAAAUGUCUUCAGAUUCUUCUUAUGAUUUUAAGGGAGAAGACAGCUGGGACUCUUCCUUUGCAGAUUUUAGGGAGAUCAAAAAUGAUACAAUCCCAAAGCUUGUAGUAGAAUCUGUUAAGGAAGAAGUCAAGGAAAAAGAUUCAAAAAGCAAAGACAAGAGAGACUACGGAGAUAAACCAGAGAAGGAGGUGGCCCUUAAAAGAAAGGAUCGAGACUCUUCAGACAGAGUUUCUGACAAAAAGAAAGACCAAACAGAGUCGCACAAAGGCACCCCAUCCUAUACAGUAGAGAAAGAGAAGAAACGGAGGGAUUCUCUAGAGUGCUCAAAAAUCCGGAAAGAAAAAGAUGGAGAUUCUGUAAGAAGAGAUUCUUUGAUAAACAAAGAUAGAAGAGAUUCCAAAGUAAAACAAGAAGAGUCGUUCAAAGAAGAACUGAAUGACUAUGGUUCAGAGAACUUCUUUAAAGAGAAGUCUGAGCAAGAGUCUUUUCCCAAAAAUUCUGAGGCACGAGAGCGGCAUCAUUCUGGUAAAGAGAAGCGAGAAGCUUCUGAAAAAAAGGAGAAACCAAAAUCUGAAAAGCAUCGAGAAAAAUCUAAAGAUGCUGAGCGAGAGAAGUCUGAAAAAUCCACCGAGAAAAGUCAAAAAGAGAAGGAAGCUAGAGAUAAGAAAGAUUCAAAAGAAAAACACAAAGACAGAAAAGCCUUCUCCGAACAGAAAACCGAGAAAAAAGAGAGAACCUCUGCAUUAGAAAAAGACACUAGCGACAAGAAGGAUGAAAAGAAAGCAAGGGGGAAAAACUGGUAUAGCAUCUCUGACAUUUUUACCGAUGAAAGUGAAGAGGAAGAGCAAAGGUUUGUUCCCGGGUUCAAAAUUACUGAAGCCUAUAAUGACUUGCACAGAAUGGACAGUUAUCAUGAGAGGGAGGCUGCCAUACAAGACAAAGAUACAUCUCAGUCUGAAAAACACAGAAAAUAUUCCAGUGAAAAGCAGCAUUCUGGGGAAAAACAGAAAGACAGAGAACAGAAGGAUCGGAAAAAGGAAAAGGGUCAAGGGGAAUCUGGAAAAGAAAAAAAAGAAAAGAACACAGAAAAACACAAAGACAAAAAGGACAAGGAUUCUCUUGACAAAUACCGCAAGGAUAGGGUGUCCCUAGAUAGCAACCAAGACAAGAAUUGUAAGAUAAAAGCGCCAACUGACAAAAAGGACAAGAAGCAUCUGACAGAAGAGAAAGUCAAAACUAAACACAAAGAGAAGUCUGAUCAUUUUAAGGAGAGGAAGUUCUCAAAAGGUGAAUCUGAAAAAAGUCUGCUGGAGAAAUUGGAGGAAGAAGCUCUCAAUGACUAUAAGGAUGACUCGAAUGAUAAGAUUAGUGAAAUUUCUUCAGACAGUUUUACAGAUAGGGGCCAAGAUCCAAGUAACAUGUUUGAGACUUCUGGAUUAACCAACUUGGACACGGUGGAGGAAAAAUAUAAGGAUUCUGUGCCUUGCUUAGCUGAGAAGCUAAAAGACAAGGAGAGAAAUAGACAUUCCUCAUCAUCCUCAAAGAAAAGCCAUGAGAAAGAUAAGGUACGGAAAGACAAGUCCGAUAAAAAAUCUGAGAAAACGGACGAUACCAAGGACACUUACAGCAGGCGCGAAUCUUUGCAGUAUGAGAAAGAGGUAUCAUCAGGAGAUGCAGACUCUUUUCCAGUAUUUAGUGUUAAGACCGAGACUGAAGAGGAAUUGGACAGAAGUACGGAUUACAUGUUUACUUCAGAAAAAGAGAAGCACGAUUCUGAAAGAGAUCUUAUAAAGAAGACUGAGAAGGACAAAGUUUACAGCGUGAACACACCAGCUUUAAAAGAGAAGAAAAAGAAAGACAAGCACCGUGAGAAAAGUAAAGAUGAUAAGCACAGAGACAAACAAUUGGAGGCUUUCUUUAAGCAUCACAGUAAUGAGUUAAAAAAUACACGAGAUAAAGAACCUUCCCAAGUAAACUCAAAAGAUAAAUCUAAAGAAGACUUGGGGAAGUUUAGUGAAAACAGGCUGAAAGAGAGAUCGAAAGAGAACGCAGAGAAAGACAAAGCUGAGAAUGUCAAAAUCAUUAAUGGAAAUGAGAAGAUGACACUGAUGAAAGAAGCCAACAAGAAAGAUACCAGACCAAGAGAGAAACUUUUGGGUGACGGAGACCUUAUGAUGACCAGCUUUGAAAGGAUGCUCAGCCAGAAAGAUCUUGAAAUAGAAGAGAGGCACAAAAAGCACAAAGAAAGAAUGAAGCAAAUGGAAAAGAUGAGACAUCGAUCUGGAGAUCCAAAGUCGAAAGAGAAAAAAGCUGAAGAAUUACGCAAGCGUAGUUUGGAUCUGAGUACCAAGAAAACAUCUGUGACCGACUCCCUUCAGAAAGAAAAGAAAAGUAAAGAUUUGGCCCCUUUGAUUAUACCUGUUCCUGAAAAUAAAACUCCAGCUGUCAUUGGGAAUGAUUCUAAAGACUGGCUCAAUGGUCCCCAAAUAAAGGAAGUGCUGACAGCUUCCCCGAGACCAGAUCAAAAUCGGCCAACUGGUGUCCCAACUCCUACAUCUGUAAUCUCGUGCCCAAGCUAUGAAGAAGUGAUGCAGACACCUAGAACACCUUCCUGUAGCACCGAAGACUAUCCUGAGCUGAUGUUUGACUGUUCAGAUAGCCAGCAUACUCUACCUGUGUCUGCCAUGUCUAUGAAUGCAUGCUCCCCUACCUUCUUUGAUCGGUAUUCAUCCACAGAAACGCCAAACCAAACGCCAACUAAAUUACCUUCCUCCAUUAACCGAAGCCGCUCGGUCUCUGUUGAUGUAAGAAGAGCUGCUGAAGAGGAGUUUCCAACUUCUGAUAUAAAAAUUUUUAGGCAGCAGAGUGUUCCAGCAUCAUCUGGCUUCAGUUCACCCAUGCAGAUAAUGAUGGAAGAAAAAGUUCAACCUCUUGUAUCUACAGAGAAAUUCCCCUUUUUGUCUCCUGGUUAUUACUCACCAGGCUACCCACCUGAUGUUACUUUUGCACCUGGAGACAUUGCAAGCAUUGCUCCUUCUCCUGACCGUGUCUACUCGGGUGUACAAGCGAAAUCCUCUCCUUCAGAAAGAGAUGACUUGCUAGAGCCUUCUACGGAAAGUGCUGUUCCUCCAGACCUUGGCUUACAAUGUGAUUCUGCAGAAGCGCAACAAGCUACAGAAUCCAUUCUUCCUCGAGAACAAAGCUUUUCACCACCAGAGUCCAACUUCAUGCGGCAGGACUCUGCCUUUUUAGAAACAGAAAAUUUUAUUCCUGACAGUAAUAGUUAUACUUCUGAACCUGAGUUCAUACCACAAGAAGCAGAUUAUCUGCACCGAGAACCUGCAUAUAUUCCUCAGCAGCCAGCCUUUAUACCCCAGGAGCCAGAUUUAAUGCCCCCAGAUCCGUCCUAUAUGCCAUCAGAACAAAAUUAUGUCAUCCAUGCUGCAUCCAGUUUCCCACCCUCUGAGAAUGCUUACUUGCCCCGUGAGUCAGAUUUUCACGCUUCACAUUCAGAAACCACCUUUCUACCUCCUGAACCUGCUUUCAUCCCACCACCUUCAGAAUCUGGCUUUCUUCCUUCAGUUGAAGAAAAUACUCUUGACUCCCCUAUUUCUGAACAUAAUCUAGGUUGGGUGAGUCCAGCAAAUAGUAAUUCUGAACCUGUUAUGCCUCAGGGUCUAAUGGGAAAUUCAGAGGAACAUGGAAGCUGGUUGAUGAGAUCCGAUCUUGUAAAGUCACCUCAGAGAUUCCCAGAGUCGCCUAAACAUUUUUGCCCAUCAGAGAAAACUCUUCCUACUCCGGUUCCUUUCAUUUCACCUGACUCUCCGUACCCAGUUUCUCCUGUCUCAUACCCCUUGCCCGAAGCAGCUGCUCAGCAAUUGAAAGAGGAGGAAGAAGUAGAGCAAGUUACUCCUCAACCUGAAGAACAGGUACCAUACAUGUCCCCUACUCCUCUUCCCGCUUUUUUUGAUAACUUGAAAACUCUUCCAGAAGAACCACAAACUCUGUCAACAGAGCCCCAGGUUAACACAGACCCUCUUGCAGACACGUUGGCAUCUGUCAAAGAAAACUUAGUACAGCCCGGAGAAAUCCACCCGAAUAGUCCAGAUGAGGAGACCGAGCCAUGGUCUAAUCCAUUUUCUUCAGUAGUUGAUGACUUAGAAUUUGGGCCCUUUUCACUACCAGAACUCCCUCUUCCGGUCAAAGAUGAAAAUGACAGCGAAGCCUGUGAACAGUUGAACAUCAGUGCAGUAAGCCCAGCCCGUCCUUCUGAUGACCCUGUCGAGGGUGAGACGAUGGAAAUUCAAUCUGGUGAAAUAGAUCUUCCAAAGCCAGCAUCUCCUAAAGAACCACCCUGUACGAUGGAAGUAGAUGGCCCACCACUUCAGAUACCAGAGGAGAAGGCUGAACAUAUUGAAGAACCUGCUCUGGAAGCUCCAAAAGUAUCCCAGCCCUCAAAGCAAGUCUUUGACCCAGCAUCAUUUCCUCUUCCAUACGUACAGCUGGAACAAAUUGAGGCAAAAGUUCAGGCAAGCCUAAAUUCUUCAGAAUCAUGUGUUCAUAUCUUGCCUAAGAAACUUGAGGCAGUUGACACCAAGGUGAAUGAGAGUACACCAGUUGAAAACAUUGAUUCUGUUGUGCAACCAGAGGCCCCUCGGGUCAACCCCACGGUAGAUGUUCCAGAACAGGUGCCAAUAACAGUUGAUGUUCCCAAACCGCCUAAAGUGGAAGAGAUACCUCUACGUAUGACCCGUAACCGGGCCCAGAUGCUUGCCAACCAGAAUAAGCAAAACUCUACACCUGCGGAGAAAGAGCAUCCAGUAGUAACCACAACAACUACCCGAGGCAAGAGUAAAAUCAGCGAGGAGGAAGAGCCACAAACACACCCUCGGAAGAGAAAGCUGCAGAAACCUAACCAGCUCCAGCAGCAGAUAAUAAGCAACACCAGUCAACAAACUCGAGAGAUGAUACAGCAGACUUUGGCUGCCAUAGUGGAUGCUAUCAAGUUGGACGAGAUUGAGCCAUAUCACAGUGACAGGUCUAACCCAUACUUUGAGUAUUUGCAAAUUAGAAAGAAGAUUGAAGAGAAGAGGAAAAUCUUGUGCUAUAUCACUCCUCAAGCACCGCAGUGCUACGCUGAAUAUGUCACCUAUACUGGCUCGUAUCUACUAGACGGCAAACCGCUCAGCAAGCUUCACAUUCCAGUGAUCGCACCACCUCCAUCAUUGUCGGAUCCUCUUAAAGAACUGUUCAGGCAACAGGAAGCCGUUCGAGGGAAGCUUCGUCUGCAACACAGCAUUGAAAGAGAGAAGCUCAUAGUGUCUUGUGAACAAGAGAACCUUCGAGUUCAUUGCAGAGCAGCCAGGACGAUUGCCAAUCAGGCUGUGCCUUUCAGCGCUUGCACCAUGUUGCUAGAUUCGGAGGUGUAUAACAUGCCUCUGGAAAAUCAGGGAGAUGAAAACAAGUCAGUCAGAGAUCGAUUCAACGCUCGCCAGUUCCUGUCCUGGCUACAAGAUGUGGACGACAAGUACGACAGGAUGAAGACGUGUGUAUUAAUGAGACAGCAGCAUGAAGCAGCAGCCUUGAAUGCAGUGCAGAGGAUGGAAUGGCAGUUAAAGAUGCAGGAGUUGGACCCAACUAGCCACAAAUCCCUGUGCGUCAACGAAGUUCCCUCUUUCUAUGUGCCAAUGGUGGACGUUAACGAUGACUUUGUGCUCUUGCCAGCAUGACAAGGCGGACUCCUAAGGUUGUUAGUUUAUUAUUUUUCUUCUUCUCAACCCAAAACUGGCAAGGGCCGGCCCCUUUGGCUCAGACUUCACUUGCAUCAUUUCGCUUGCUGAUGAAUCCGCUGCUUACAAGAGGAGGAAGCAUUUUUAAAUUAAACAAAUACGGAAACCUCCGUUAGAGGAAUUGCACUUUCUUCACAGCUUAAACGCACCGCUCCUCCAGGUCGCAGGCGGAGUGGGCUACCGUGUAAGGAGCAUGCACAGGCGGAGCGACAGGGAGGGGGAGCAAGGGAUCAAGGAUGCCACGUGUGUUGCCGUUAUACACACUGCUGCGAUAUGUUCCAUUGUGCUUCAGAGACCUCGCAAAGAACCAGUGGAGAAAGGUGCAUCGGUUCACCAUGGUUAUUUUUUAUUUUUUUUCAGGCACAGUUCCAGUUGUUCAUAAACUUUAAAGGACAAGACUUUCAUUUGGUAAACCCCCCCCCUCCCCCCACCUCUCUUUUGUUCCAUCUCGUCAAUGCGACGAGAAUUAAAAUCGCCUUCAGCCGCUGACUACCUCAUGUCAGCCUUUAAAUUACUGGGCCUCCGUUGCUAAGCAGGGGCGGUCUGUUCCUUUUAAUUGUUCUUCUCCUGUCCCGUAUCCUGGCAGAUUCUGCAUGUGGUUCAUUCUGGUUUAGGAUUUCCUACCUAUGCUUGAAUCCAGCCAUACCAAGCAUGGGUGGUCCGAAAAUUUUCAUUUUGAGAGCAGAGUAUUGCUCAGUUUGUGUCACUUUUCUCCCCCCCUUCUUAACAUCUUUUAACCUUGGGCAUUUUGUUUCUCUUGUCGGAGAACUUUAACUUGAAACACUACAGAGCCAAUACUUAUAUGUAUGAAAAGACAAAAAAAAAGUAUCUGGUAAAUUAUGUACAGUUUUUAUACACAUUACCCUAUGUACUUUGCUGCCUUCUAGAUAAAUUAUUUUGCAAACACAUUACUGCACAGUUGUAAAUAACUUAUGUACUGUAACAUCACUUUCAGUUUUGUGUAAAGAAAUAAAUGACUUUAAAAGAAAAAAAAAAAUAACUUUGUAAUAUAGUUCACCGUAGGCAGCACUUCUCUGCAGAGACAUAUUCUGGGAGUGUGGUCGACAGUUGGGCCAAAAAAAAUGUUCGGUUCAGUAUUUUGCUAACUUUUUGUGUCUCCUUAUAACUUUCAUUUUGUCCAUGGAUAGCAGUUGUAGUCCGUACACACCAGGCCGGGGUAUAGACCUUGUGCCUCAAAAAGACUCUCUAUUUACAUGCUCUGUUCCUUCAAACAGCACCAGUUGUUGCUUGGACGUACAUCUUUUGGUCCACCGUUCUGUUGAAGAUCCGGUUGGGUUUCUUUUAGAUCAUCUUGGUAGUCCUAGAGGUUGCGUCUUAGCUGUGGCUGGUUAGUAUGGUGUAAGGUCUGCUUUAGCACAGGUUAGCGGUCUGUUGUGAAUGUUCGUGUAGUCCAAAAGGAGCUUUUUAUAAGCUGCAGGGGUUCUGUCAUCUGCUUUACUUAGAUGGCAUGUGUCUGACGUAGCGGAAGUCUUAGGAGCGCCAUCGUGGUUCAUUAACCACAGUAGUACUGACUCCUAUUAAAGGGGUUUUCAAGUUUUAUACUGAUGACCUAUCCUCGGGAUAGCUGAUCAGUGGGCUUCCAACACCUGCUACCCCUGCCAAUCAGCUCUUUAAAAAUGCCACGGCGAAGCAUUGCUGCCUCCUCGCAGCUUAUCAGCUUACAUUGUAUAGUGGCCAUUCUUGAUAAUUGCAGUUUAGACCCAUUCACUUGAAUGGGACAGAGCUCUAUCUUGGGACAUGUGACCGAUGAACGCGACUUCAUUGACCUAGGAAGAGACUACAGCGCCCUCCAGAGCCCUGCGGCCUCUUCUUACAGAGGUGUCGGGCGUCGGACCCCCACCAAUCAGAUACUGAUGACCUAUACUGAGAAUGGGUCAUCAGUGUUAAACACUAUGAAAACCCCUUGUAACCACCUUAUCCCAGUUUGGAGUUCAUAAUGGGGAUCGCCUCCUCUCCUCCAGAUCAUCACUGCAAAAAAUGUAGACCCUAACAGAUGUCAUUGAUUGUCUGCGGCUUGCAGGGAAGACCCAUGGAAUAUGCGGGCAAUGGAUGUGCCGCUGUACUAUAUUGGGUGUAAAAGGGUUUAGUCUACACCUCCAUAGUCAGAUGUGUUUUACUGGCUGCAACACCUAUUGAGAGAUUCUGGGCUUGAUCAGCUGUUUCUUUUCCUUUGUUCUUGUGGGUUAGGGUUUUAUAAAGUUCUACUUGCCCAGAGGCCGAUUCCAGUUGGGGCCCAGCUAUCGGGCACUGAUUUAUUUUUUUGACAUGCAUGCCCAGUGAUGGGCUAAACACGGCUUUCCUGUGGAUUUCCUGCUGUCUGAGCUGGUAUCAGUAUGCACGCUGAAGCUUUGGGAUAUCUGUGUUUUACUCCUCCCUCCUUGUGUUUCGGUAGCGCAUAGACUUCAGUCUGUCUCGUUUGCUUCUUUUCAUUUUUAUUGGUGCACAGGGUUGAGAGUUCAUUGCACAAGUUCCCCUGUAUUUAGUUAAAAAAAAAAAUGUAUAGAACAAAGAUAGAUCUGCAUUGGAGGAAGAUACCGCAUUUUUUUUGGUUGAAGGAUUAGAAUUGCUCGUUGAAGAUUGCAUUUUACUCAUUUUUCUGCUAUAAAUAAUUUUUUCAAUUGGUCUUUAUUAAAAAUGAUCAGCCGUUUCUGAGAUACAAGUGUUAAAAAUCAGUCUGUUUUAUAAGCCAUUACUUUGUUUUCUUUGAAUCCCAUAAUCUGUCGGUCUCCUGACCGCACACACUCAUUGUAGGUCAAUUCUUAUCAAACUGAUAAGAAUAUGGAUGGUUAUGAGGUCUGAGAUAAAAACUACACAUGAGCCGACAGAUGACUAGAUUCAAAGAAAACAGUGGCAGCUUACAAGCACUGAUUUUUAACACUUGUACCUCGAAAACAGCAGAACAUUUUUUUAAUAGACCAAUGGGGAAAAAAGUAUUUUUAGCCCAAAAUGAGUAAAAUGCAAUCAUUAAAAAAAAAAGCUAGACUGUGUCCAUAGCUUGUUUAUGGAGUUCUUAGAUGAGGAAUAGUAAGAGCAAUGCUACCUGUAGGGAGAGAGCAUCUUCACCGUAGAUUUAAAGAGUAAUUUAAACAAAAAACGGACAUGUAGCGAUCUGAGAAGUUUUGAUCAGUGGGGAUCCGGGGUGCUGAAACUCCCACCGAUCGCUUAAAUGAAUGGAAAGAUGUGAACGGUUUUCAAUGAGCCAGUCUUCAUCUCGUGAAGAGCCAAUGCUCGGCUGAGAACUUCUGCCCCUUCGUCUAGUGAUCGGCGGCAGUCGCAGCACCCAGACUUCCGCUUUUGUCAUAGAAGAGAAGUUAUUCUGUGUCUUCUUGUUCGUUCUCCAUUUAUAAGAAAUGUAAAUCUAAAAUGUAAUCUAGGUUGAAGAGGCUUUUUGGUAGGAUAAAACCUAUGAGCAGUUCUAUUAAAGGAUUUUUUUGGGGAUUUUAAUAUUAGAUUACCUAUCCUCGGGAUAUGUCAUCAAUAUCAGACCAACAGGGGUCCGGCACCCCCACCGAUCAGCUGGUUGAAGCGAAGGCUGCGCUCCAUGCAAACGCUGCCUUCUCUUCAUUGUUUGCCUGCUCGCCGACAUCACAGCGGUAGCAGUGUAAUUACAAGCCGUUCCAUUCACGUCUAUGGGACGGCAGCUUCUAUUACACUUGAAUACUACGGAGCCAUCCCAUAGAAGUGAAUGGGACGGCUUGUAAUUGCACUGCUCACCGCUGUGAUGGCGGCGAGCAGAUAAAAAAUGAAGAGGAAGAGAAGGCAUUGUUUGCAUGGAGCGCAGCCUUUGCUUCAACCAACUGAUCGGUGGGGGUGCUGGAUGUCAGACCCUGGUCCAUCUGAUAUUGAUGACCUACCUAUCCCAGAAAACUCCUUUAAGAUUCUCAGCAGACCCAUCCCACUGCAGGAUCACCUUCUCAUCUCGUGUCUGCGAGGGGUCUGUCGGGCACCCUUGUGAGUCCAGUAUGCGGUAGACUGAAAUACGUGUGCCAUACACAUUAAAGGGGUUGUCCACUGGGGACUUAUUUUUAGGAUUCCGCACCGUUCCACCACUCACAGGUCUCCCGCUAGGUUCAACAGACAGGAACUGACUGGAUAUGCCUGUUCAGCCAAUCACUUGCCGCUGAAGCCAGGGAUUGGCUAUGCAAUCAUUUCCUGACAUUUUCCUGCAUUUUGAGACAAGGAAGCAGAGAAGAGCCAGGAGCCGAGAAAGUGUCGGUAUAGGAGUGGCAGGGGAUCGGAGGGAUUUUUUUUUUAAUGCUUUCCCAAAAAUGAUCCCCCCUUGCAUGGUGACACGGACUUGUCUGUACUGCUAGCGCAGUGACAAACCAAAUUUGGGCUUAACAGCUGACUAACCACGGAACGUUUUGUUACUAGGGAUGCACUGCCUAACGACCAAUACGGUUGUCAGGCAGUACAUCCUUAGCAACCAGUCUGCCUCAGAUCACACAGGUCCUCAGCUAAAGAGAAUUGCUGCUGAGUAGAGAGGCACGGCAGGGUUUUUCUGUCAUUCAUUAGCAUAAAUUUUGAAUUUACAUGGGGAAAAAGUGUACCUAAACUUUCUUAAAACUUUUGACAUGCAUGGUGACUUUUCAGACCUUUGAUCGGUGGAGAGACCCUCACCGAUUGCUAGAAUGGAAGGGCAAACGUGCUCGGCCUGGUGCUGUGCCUGUUUGGUUGACUGACUCCGAUCUGAGGCUUAGGCCCCAUGCACACCACUGUUUUUAUGGUCUGCAUCCAAUCAAACUCUUGCGGAUCGAAUGCGAACCCGUUCAUUUCAGCUGGGCUGCAAAAAUGGCUGACUUCCCGCAAAAAAGUACUAUCCCCCAUUUUUGUGGAACGUGCGGAGCGCACACGGCCGGUAUCCGAAAAUGGAUACGGUCAUAUGCGCGGGGCCAUAAAGACUUUCUAUUGAGCCUGUACACCAAUCACUGAGCUCUUGGAGAAGAAGCAAGCCAGGCUGAUCACAGCCGCCAACUGAGCACUUCUACCCUUCGUUUUGGUGUUGGCAUCCAUACCCCUGCCAAUCGAAACUUGUAUCAAGUUUUCUGAAAGUUUAGUUAUGCUUCAAGAUUCUGUAAGAAGUCUGCAACACUAUCACGAGCUUAUAAGGAAUCGUUUACCAACGCAGCGCGUAUCCUCCCCUGUUUAUGUAGGUGGCAGGACCCGCUUUAAUGUGCUUAUGUUUUAGCGGAGUGUCUUUGUUGCCCUCGUAUUUUUCAUUUUUAGCCUUUACCGUUUUUGGGUUAUUUUCUUUUAAUAUUUACCAAGUUUAAACUUUUUAAAUGUUCGCCGUUUUGAGUUGUUUUUGUAUUGAAUGUCUAUUGUUGGAAAUAGGAUUCUUUUUUUAUUUUUUAUUUUUUUUGUCCUUCCCUUUUCAGAUGAAACCUUUCCAAGUUCAGGGCACGAGUCUUUCCACAAUCAAAACUGAAAAAAAAAAAAAAAAGUAGCAACUAUUAUUUAUUCUCUUCUCACCUGUGGUAUGUUGAUUCAUGUCUCAGCAGAUUGUAAAUUUCCCUCAUGUAAUGGUUCUACGAGACAUUGUACAUAUGUGUAAAUAUCGAGCUAGCAGGUCGCUCCACACCCUUUGUUACAGUUCACUUCCGUACAGUGUGUGGAUUGAUAAAGCAGCCAGAUUGCGUUCUUGGUAAAUGUAACAAUGUAAUUUUUUUUAUUCUUUUAUUUUCCACUUGUUUGUGUACAUAUUGUUUUGGCAGUGCUGGUGCUGCCUUUGCACUGCGCUGCCCUUUUUGCGGUUCAAUCAUUCAGCUGUAUACAACUUCCUGCAGAAUACAACACAGUAAAAUUUAAAAAAAAAAUGUUAUUUUCUACAAUUGCAUGUACAGAACGAAGGCCAGAAAUGCUCUUGUCCCUCAGAGAUAAUGUUCAUAAAUAAAUUAAACGAAAAAAAAUUCUAA